AUACAUAGUGUUUCUUUCGCUCCACAUCUCGCCAGUGGCGUCGACAGCAUUCGAGCCAUGUCGAUUGAAAUCAAACUUCUCCUCGUCGAAACGGAUUACCUUCUAACCCUUCCGAAACCUGCUUCCGGGCAAACUCGAAAUGGGCUGAUUCAUCAUUAUCUGUAA